UAAUAAAAAUUUAUGUUUCGCACAUUGCAUUUACAUUAUACAUCAAAAAACUUUCCUAAUAAUAAACAAAAUAAUUUCUAAUAAAAUAUAUUAGAUUUUUCAGAUUAUAUUAUCCGGAUACAACACUGGAGAAUUUUUUAUAUGUUUUGUAUUUGCAUUUAUGUGUAUUUUCUACAUGUUUGCAGCCAACUUAGUUGGACAACAAAUUAUAGAUCACAAUAAUCACGUAUUCAUUACGGCAUACAAAAUUCGAUGGUACAUAGCUCCCUUAAAUGUACAAAAAAUGAUACUGCUCCUGCUGCAAAGAGGUAAUAAGAGUUUUGGUCUGUCUGUGGGUGGAUUAUUUAUAGCUUCUUUAGAAUGUUUUGCUACGUUGGCAAGUGCAUCGGUGUCCUAUUUUACUGUUAUGUUUUCAAUGCAACAAUAA